AUGCGAUCUGCAACUAGUUUGACCGGAUAUUCAAAAUUUCCGGAAGUAACGUUUUCCGGCAUACAACCAACUGGUAUUCCGCAUAUUGGAAAUUUCCUUGGAGCUCUUUCAAAUUGGGUUUCUCCUCAGCAAACAACUUCAAUCACCAAAACUGCGUUGUAUACCAUAGUUGAUUUACAUGCUCUUACAGUCCCACAAGAUCCAACUCAAUUAAGAAAGAAUAAAGUGGAUAUGACAAUUUCACUGUUAGCAUGUGGACUUGACCCAGCAACAGUGUUGACAUAUUUGGUUGAUUUAGGUACCAGCACAUUCCGAAUGUGCAUGGAUUCUAAACUGUAUUACGCCAAUAGGAUGGCAAAAAGCCAAAAAAAGAAUGUUCAAUCCAUUGAAGAUGCAGAUACAUCAUCUGGAUUAUGCCUUGGACUGCUUGCAUAUCCCGUUUUACAAGCUGCUGAUAUUUUACUCUACAAAGCGACGCAUGUGCCGAUUGGUGAGGACAACGUUCAACACUUGGAAUUGGCUCGUGAUAUUGCUCAAAAGAUUAAUAAAUUGUAUAAACAAGAUAUCUUUCCUUUACCGCAACCUAUCCUUGCACCAGCAAAACGUAUAAUGUCUCUCCGUGACCCUACCAAGAAAAUGUCAAAGUCAGAUCCACUUGAACAAUCGCGCAUAAACUUGAAUGAUUUACCAUCAACAAUAGCCUUAAAAAUCAAAAAGGCAACAACAGACACUAUUAAAGGUAUCACAUAUGACCCGGAAAAUAGACCAGCCAUCUCAAACCUAGUCACUAUUUAUGCUGCAGUACAAGGAGUGGACGUUGAAGAGAUAGUUGAAGAACAUAGUGCAAGUGACACAAUGAAAUUUAAAGAAGCAUUAACGAAUGUUUUGAUAGAAAAAUUGACACCAUUACAGAAAGAAAUUGAACGGUUAAAAAAUGAGCACGGUUAUGUGCAACAAGUAUUACAAGAAGGAAAUGAGAAAGCAUCUUUGAUAGCAAAUAAGAACUUAGACGAAUUAUAUAAACUUUUUGGAUUAAGAUGA